AUGCAUUCCAUUAAUGAUCAAGAUAUAAACAGUUCCAACGAUGAGAUCAGCAAAUAUUCUGAUAAAUACCUUUACCACAUCUAUAAUGGUUUAUGCUUACCACCAUAUAUAACCCCGGAACGAUUGGAAUUUUGCCAGAACAUCACUCCUCGGCCAAAUGACAUUUGUUUUAUCUCCUAUCCGAAAUCCGGUUCAACAUGGUUAGCUUAUAUAUUGAGCUGUCUUGUUUGCAAGGGUAUGAAACCCAGUGAAGAAUUUUUAAAGAAACAUAUCAUAUGGCCAGAAGCUACCGACUGCACUGUCGCAGAACUUGACCAACUUCCCGAUACGCGUAUUUUUAAAUCCCAUAUGCCAUACGACCAACAUGUCAUUGGUUGUCAAAGUAUGCCAAUCGAAUUAAGUCCGAUGAAAUAUAUUUACAUUGCUCGAAAUCCAAAAGAUGUUGCAGUAUCCUAUUAUAAAUUUGAAUAUGAUAAAUCUUGGUCAAACUACCAUGGAACUUGGGAACAGUGGUUUGAACGUUUUAUAAACGGCCAUGUUCAACGUGGAAGUUGGUUCGAUCAUAUUCUUAGUUGGUAUGAUCAUCGUCAUUCUCCCAAUCUACUGAUAAUAUGGUAUGAAGAUUUAUUUCUCCAAUUUCACUCAACAGUUCGCCAAAUAUCAAAAUUUUUAAAUCGUGCGGAUAUUACUGAUGAAAUCAUAGAAAAAAUAUACAACGACACUCGAUUCGAUACAAUGAAACAUGACGAAGCAUUUAUCACGAUGAAUAUGAGAGAUAAAUGGGAGCAUAAAAAUCACAUUGGUCUCUUUUUUCGUUCAGGAAAAAUUGGUAAUUGGAAGAAGCAUUUUACCACUGAGCAAAACAACCAGUUUGAUAAGGUUUUUCUGGAAAAAAUAGGUGGAACAGGCUUGUCCUCGAUUACAUUUGAAGUCGAAGAAUAA